AUGGGCCGAGGGGUGCGCGUGCUGCUGCUGCUGGGCCUGCUGCACUGGGCCGGGGGCGGCGAGGGCAGGAAGACCUGGCGGCGCCGCGGCCAGCAGCCACCCCCGCCGCCGCCCCCGCCGCGGGCCGAGGCGGCGACGGCGGCCGGGCAGCCGGUGGAGAGCUUCCCGCUGGACUUCACGGCCGUGGAAGGCAACAUGGACAGCUUCAUGGCGCAGGUCAAGAGCCUGGCGCAGUCCCUGUACCCCUGCUCGGCGCAGCAGCUCAACGAGGACCUGCGCUUGCACCUCCUGCUCAACACGUCGGUGACUUGCAACGACGGCAGCUCGGCCGGCUACUACCUGAAGGAAUCCAAGGGCAGCCGGCGAUGGCUACUGUUUCUGGAAGGAGGCUGGUACUGCUUCAAUCGGGAGAACUGCGACUCCCGAUAUGACACCAUGCGGCGCCUCAUGAGCUCCAAGGACUGGCCGCUCACUCGAACAGGCACGGGGAUCCUGUCCUCCCAGCCAGAGGAGAACCCCCACUGGUGGAACGCCAACAUGGUCUUCAUCCCCUACUGCUCCAGCGAUGUCUGGAGUGGGGCUUCAUCCAAGUCUGAGAAGAACGAGUACGCCUUCAUGGGCGCCCUCAUCAUCCAGGAGGUUGUGCGAGAGCUCCUGGGCAAAGGGUUGAGCGGGGCCAAGGUGCUGCUGCUGGCAGGGAGCAGCGCGGGGGGCACAGGAGUGCUGCUGAACGUGGACCGCGUGGCCGAGCAGCUGGAGGAGCUGGGCUAUCCAGCCAUCCAGGUGCGGGGCCUGGCUGACUCUGGCUGGUUCCUGGACAACAAGCAGUACCGCCGCACAGACUGCAUUGACACCAUCACCUGCGCGCCCACGGAGGCCAUCCGCCGGGGCAUCAGGUACUGGAAUGGGGUGGUCCCGGAGCGCUGUAGGCGCCAGUUCAAGGAGGGCGAGGAGUGGAACUGCUUCUUUGGCUACAAAGUCUACCCAACCCUGCGCUGCCCGGUGUUCGUGGUACAGUGGCUGUUUGACGAGGCCCAGCUGACUGUGGACAAUGUGCACCUCACGGGGCAGCCGGUGCAGGAGGGCCAGUGGCUGUACAUCCAAAACCUGGGCCGUGAGCUGCGGAACACACUCAAGGACGUGCCGGCCAGCUUUGCCCCUGCCUGCCUCUCCCACGAGAUCAUCAUCCGAAGCCACUGGACAGACGUCCAGGUAAAGGGGACCUCACUGCCCCGGGCACUGCACUGCUGGGACAGAAGCCUCCACGACAGCCACAAGGCCAGCAAAGCGCCCCUGAAGGGCUGCCCCAUCCACCUGGUGGACAGCUGUCCCUGGCCCCACUGCAACCCCUCUUGCCCCACCAUCCGGGACCAGUUCACGGGGCAGGAGAUGAAUGUGGCCCAGUUCCUGAUGCACAUGGGCUUCGACGUGCAGACAGUGGCGCAGCAGCAGGGCCUGGAGCCCAGUAAACUGCUGGGGAUGCUGAGCAGCGGGAGCUAG